UGGUGUGUGUGACCCGGCAGCUCUGGCAGGGGAAGUGUAUGGUUCUGCGGCUGUGUCUGUGUGUGGCUGCUGCAUUCAUGGCUCGGAGGAGGGCUGCAGGUGGCUGCUGCUGCCCCAGAGCACCCAUGAAUGAGGACAACGCUCGUUUCUGCCUGCUGGCCGCUCUCAUCUUUCUCUACAUGUUGUGUGGCGCUGCCAUUUUCUCCGCACUGGAACACCCCUUUGAGCUCCGUGCCCGCCUGCUCUGGAAGGAACAGCUGGAGAACUUCACCCGGCUGUACCGGGUCAACCUGGGCGCCCUGCACACCCUGCUUCGGCAGUAUGAGGAGGCAAACGGAGCUGGGAUCCGAGUGGAUACACUGAGGCCACGCUGGGACUUUUCUGGAGCUUUUUACUUCGUUGGCACAGUGGUCUCCACUAUAGGUUUUGGCAUGACCACACCAGCAACCAUAGCAGGAAAAAUCUUCCUCAUCUUUUACGGCCUCAUCGGCUGUGCUGCAACCAUCCUGUUCUUCAACCUGUUCCUGGAGAGGAUCAUCACGAUGCUGGCCUACAUCAUGCGCUGGUGUCACGAGCGUCGGCUGAAGUGUGGUGCAUUGGGGGCAAUGUCGAGCAGGGAGGAAUCCUCUGGUGAGGAGGACAGCCUGGAAGGCUGGAAACCAUCUGUCUAUUAUGUGAUGUUGAUACUGGGCGUGGCGUCUGUUGUGAUAGCCUGCAGCGCCUCCACUCUCUACAGCUCCAUGGAGGACUGGAGCUACCUGGACUCUCUUUACUUCUGCUUCGUGGCCUUCAGCACCAUUGGCUUUGGGGACCUGGUGAGCAGUCAGAGAGAGAACUAUGAAUCUCAGGGGGCCUACCGACUGGGAAACUGCCUUUUCAUCUUGAUGGGAGUAUGCUGUAUCUACUCACUCUUUAAUGUCAUUUCAAUUGUCAUCAAGCAAACUCUGAAUUGGAUUCUGGGAAAGCUGGUCUGCUCAGGACGCCACCCGCUCCGCUCUUGUCCCAUGCGUGGCGUGUGGUGCCUCUGCUGCUCCUGCCUCCAGAGCAACAAGCACAACCUGAGGCCUGCACACUUCAAACAAAGACGUGUGAAGCGUAACGCAGUGCAGCCCGUCCCGUCCCAGCACCCCACAGGCAGACACCGCUACACAGGCGGCUCCGACAGCGAGACUGAAGCCGGUGCUGCGGCUGAAGUGGGACGCCGUCUGUCUGAAGAGUUGAUCUCUGUCAAUGAGUUCACUGUGUCAAAUAAGGUGUCCCUGGCACUGCUGCAGAAGCAGCUGAGUGAAACCGCUCACCAAGGCCCACGGCAGAGCUAUGGCCAUCAGAAUGGAUUUUCUGGAGGGGUGGGGGCCUUGGCUAUCAUGAACAACCGCCUACAGGAAACCAGUGUGGAUAGAUAGCAUCAAAACAUUGCCGUGCCUGUAUAUAUCGCUCUUGACUCCCCAUAUUAGACACAAAUCAUCAAAAACUCUGUUUUUCUUCAACAGUGACUCUUUUGGUCAGCAAUUUCAGUAGAAAUCUGAACAUAGAACCACCAACUCUGGAAUAAAAAGAGAAAUACAGCUGACAAAGAUUCACUAUGAAGAGGAGUCUGAUGUCCUCAAGUGAUUGACUCACACCAAAGUAAUCAGAUGAAAGAGGCGAUGAAGGACCACUCAGAGAGGACUGCUGAUUUAAGAGCGCUGUAUAUGUGCCUGAGCCUCCUUAGCACAUAUGUGAGGUGAUGGUCAUUACUGCAGAAGAUCAAACACAAUGAUUUCUGUCCCCUGUGCAUUAUUUAGCAGUAAGUGUAAAAUGGCUAAAAUGUGAUUUGUACUUUAACAUAUCUUCUCUAAUGCAGAAGGAAAGAUGCACUUUAACCGGCAGAUGGCUCAAAAGGUACCCAUCUUGCUUUAUAGCUGCAUUUCAUUGAAAUUCAUAGUUAUCUUGAAAGAGAUGCAGGCCUUUCAGUGGAGAACAUCUAAUCAAACGUGGCCUGCAGAGGACACCCUUAUGCCUGUGAGUGCCUGGUAAAGCAUGCGGGUGCAGCGUCGCAUAGACAAACCUUUCCAUCUAUAUCCUUUUCUAUGCAAAACAAUACAAAAAAAAAAAGAAUAAACAUUAGGGGUGCAACGAUUAAUCAACGUAAUCAAUGAAUUGAUUUAUAGUCCUGCGAACCUACAAGAUUGAUCUGUCUAAGGCAAGUAGUUAAUCGAAUCAACCGUCACCAUUUUAAAAUUGUUUCAAAAGGAAAUAAAUCAAUUAUACAAUAGAAAAUACCAUUUGGACUGAGGCACAGUACGUUUAUUUUACUGUAAGAGAAAAGCAACCAAAUGCAUCACAGCGGACAAGACGUAAUUCCUCUAUGAAUCUAGAAAUUAUGGAAUGUUUUUAUUUUUAAUAUUUUGUAAGGGUCUUUGCGAUGUCAGCUACUGUCUGGACCUUGAAAGCAAUUGCCCUGUGGGGUUAAAUAAGGUUGUUUGAAUUGAAUUGAA